AUGACAACACAGAGAUUGAAAGAAGAUUCCUAUGCUGCUCAUGAAAUGCAAAGUGUAAAACAAGAAAAAGUACCAGUUUCUAAAACUUCUAAGAUACCACUUAAUGGGCAAGUAUAUGAACUUCUAAUGGUCUUCAUGGACUGGAUUUCACACCAUCACCUUAGCAAAGUAAAACAUGAAGAUUCCGGUAUGGAUGGUGAAAAGCCAUUACUCAAAUUUUCUUCUCAGCAAAAUGAUAUUCAAGAAAAUUGUAUAAAGCUUUUACCUAUGAUGACAGAGCAGCUACAGUGGAUGCCAUUUGUGAAUGCCAAACUUCAUAAGCCUUUUGUAAAAUUUACAUAUUGGUCUCUAUGGCAGCUAGAUGGUGGAACACAGCAUUCAAUCUUGACAUCAACAUUGAGAAGACUGGGUGAAGAUAUAUUUAAAGGUGUGGUAAUUAAAAGAAUUCAGGAUAAUUCUUCAGAAUAUUCUGUGGAAAAUAAACCAAAGACAGCCACUGUCUUCAAGAACUCCAAUUUGCCAUUGAGAUUUUUGUCAAUCUUAGUUGUUCUUAAGACAGUCACUCAAGCUGCUUACCUGACUCAGGCAUUUCGUCUUUCUCUCUGUUUGGAUUUGAAGACAGAUGAAGGGAAAACAUUGUUUUUGCAGUUUCAAGCAGUUCCAGUAAUAUUAGGUCAUUUGAGAAUAUCCAGUAAAGGACUCCUAUCCAAUGUCAUUGAUAGUUUGCUUCAGAUGACAGUAGAAUCUA